AUGUAUUGUCAGCAGCACCUUUUUGGAUUUUUCUAUGCAGUAUUGGGAGCUAUCUCCAAUAUUACCCAAGAUGGCCCUCUGCCGACCCCAUACCGAGCAGUAGGUGAUGACCACCAAGUUUCAUGCUCGGACUCCUUGUUUGGUGCUUCGAGGUUUGUCGCAAUAUCCCCAACCAAGGGUCCAGAGGGACCGGGAUGUGCAGUAUCCUUGACGUGUCCUGGGGUUUGGGAGACCAUGAAAAGGGGCCAUGGCGGUUCACAUCCUCCAAUUGCGGUUGAACCGACUUUCAAGCUCACCUUGGCGAUUACAAAUGUUGGAGACCGAUCAACAGGUAUGCAUCACUGCGAAAGUGUCUUAGAGCAGCUCAUCCUCGAAAAUCGUGUGGAUGACCUGCAACAUUCGAUAGCCUCUGUCCGGUCGUUGGCUCCCCUUCAGCAUAAAGCUGCCUCUCAGGAACACAGAACGAGGAGAUGGCCACGUCAAGAGAUGCCACCGAACAAGACUGACACGAGUAAAGUCAAGGAGGCACCUCCAUCAAACCCUCUGACGCAAGGCUACCAUGGGAUCCUGAAAUACAUCAUCUCGAAAAUGGAGAAUGGUAAGAGCCGUCGCAAGAGGACGAAUGCCUCACCCGAUAUCUCUCCUGACAUUGGCGUGAGGCAAUACUAUGUUCAGAGGGACCUAUACAGCCUUGGUGGACCGACUUGCGAGGACACCAUAUGUGAGGGAAGCGAUUGGAGGACGAUAUGCAUUUCGGAUCAAAUCCCAGACAAGAAGAGGGAUCAAUGCAUCAUGUGUUAUCCCCAAAAGCAUAUGGCGCUUAUACAUGGCUAUUGUCAAGAACAGAAGUAUAGGGAGCUGGACAUAUUCUACAAGUCUUGCGCUCUUCUGGGUGCAUCGAUCCUCGCGGCUACGCUCUUGUACUUGCUGCGUGAAAUCUAUAGGAGACUUCGGAUGCGAUACCAAUAUCUCCAGGAAAUUUCUCACCGCAGUCAGCUCUCAGAAAGUACUACUACGAAGACCGGACUUUCGUCUAUGCAUCCUAUUGGCGCAUUGGCGUCUUUGUUCCCUGGGGUUCCUAAAGCGUGGAAUGACCCACAAUGUCUAUACAAUGGCGCCGUCGACGGGGCCAAUACCCCUACAGGCAAUGAUACGGUGAUCCGGCAAAAGUUCCGGCGGUUUGGGCCCUUCAUGAAAGAUCACCGUAGGAGAGUACAGGACAUCUUCGAUCUCGAAGAUUAUCAGAAUGGGCCAGAGCUGGGCACUAGAGUCCCGGUGCUUCCACGAGCUCGCAAUGCAAGCAUACGAAGACAUGCUGUAAGAUCAAACUCUCGCACGAAUUCUCAAUCCAACGAGAAGACAGGUCAGGAAUUCAAAGUGGCGGAGGGCAACCUUUCCCGAAGGGCGACUUCUCAGCAGAGCUAUUUCAACUGA